AUGCGUUUCAGCGCUCCUCACCGCAGAGGCUCCUGGGAACGAUUCAGUCCGCAGCGAAGCGUGAUUCUAGUCACUGAGCCUGUGUGGUGCUCGGCCCACGUGCUGAGCUUCCAACUGCCGCACCUUCGCCGCUGCCCCAGCUCCGAGCCAGUCCGCAUGGGCAGUGUGGUGCGGGAGGUGGGUAGCGUGCUGGCCCUAGCUGAUGGAUGGGGCGAGGAGGCCGCCAUCUUUAUCGGGGAGGUGGUGCGCCAAUGCGCGGCCCUGUUGGAGGGAGAGGUGGCGCGGAUCAUGGAGGUGUUUUGGCAGCCUGUGGAGGACAUGAUGGAAGAGGUGGAGGUGGUGCCGGAGAAGCAGCAGCAGCAGGUGGUGGCGGAAGAGCAGGAGGAGAAGCCCCAGGAGCAGGGGCAGGAAGAGCCAGGGCCGUCGCCUAAGAGCGCCUCGCUGGAGGCGCUGGAGGCUCUGGAGGUCUUGCAGUUACAGCUGGAGCCUGUGAAUCGGGAGUGCAGCCGACAAUACUUUCGUCUCAAGCUCACAACACUUCGGAGGCGGAAGCCUUAUCUGGAACACAGAAGCACCAUCAUCCAGAGCAUCCCUGGCUUCUGGGUCAAAGUUUUUGUGAACCACCCCCGGAUGUCGGCCAUGAUUAGCACCCAAGAUAAAGACAUGCUUAGCUACAUGACCAACUUGAAGGUGGAGGAGCUCGCAGAUCCCAGUGAUUACCGCAAGAUCAUGUUGUUUUUCCGGAAGAACCCCUAUUUCCAGAAUGAGGUGGUUGUUAAGGAGUAUCUCAUUGAGGCCACUAGAUAUAGGGCAUCUCAUCUCGCUCCAAUUCAGUGGCACCGUCAUUUUGAAGAGGAGGUGUAUAGCCGCAGGCACAGCAACAGCAGCCUUAACUUCUUCAACUGGUUCUCUGACCACAGCUGUGUAGGAUCUAGCAGGAUUGCUGAGAUCAUCGGCGAGGACCUGUGGACCAAUCCCCUGCGCUACUACCCGAGGGAGAAAGGCCCCACCGGGACAGGUCACCAAGAGGAGGACAGACUUAGAAAAACCGGGGCCUCGGACGUGAAGCCAGGGCUGCAGGCGCCUGUCAAGCCCAGGCGGAGUCCCUGGUGUGCUGGGCGGCGCGGGGGCCGCAGGAGGCUCGGCUCUGACCCCGAGGACACCAGGCCGCCGUGUGCGCCUCAGGCCACAGCCCUGCCCCUCCGUCGUCUCCGGGUCCCCAACGCCGCGCAGCAGCCAGGCGAUGAGUCCCCAGGCCUCUGA